AUGACUUCCUCUUCCUCCUCCUCUUCCUCCCUCAAGACCCUGCUGGCGUGCUGCUCGCUGCUCGCCACAGGUUCUCAGGUGCAUGCUGCUGCGGUUCACCCUCGGGACGGGGCCGUGCUGCGGUCCACCUCCUCGCCUACAGUAACGGUCAAGAAUGGCUCAUAUGAAGGUGUUUAUAGCACCGAGUAUGAUCAGGACUAUUUCUUGGGCAUGCGGUAUGCCGAGCCCGCACAACGGUUCGAGCUCGCACAGCCCCUGACAACAGCUUGGAAUGGCACCCAACCGGCCAAGGUGUACCCACCGUCCUGCAUAGGCUACGGGUCCGACGACACGGGCUACACCCUCUCGGAGGACUGUCUCUACCUCAACGUGAUUCGCCCUGCUGGUAUCGACGAGACGGCCGAGCUUCCUGUGGCGGUAUGGAUCCACGGCGGCGGCCUGUACGAAGGAGGCAGUGCCGACAGGCGGUACAACCUGUCUUUUAUCGUGCAGAACUCGGUCGACCUGGGCACGCCCAUGGUGGCCGUCUCGCUCAACUACCGCCUGUCUGCGUAUGGGUUCCUGAGCGGCAGCGAGGCCCUCAGCGCGGGUAUUGCCAACAACGGGUUCCGCGACCAGAGGCAGGCCCUGCGCUGGGUGAAUGAGAAUAUUGCUGCGUUUGGUGGCGAUCCGAACAAGGUCACCAUCUGGGGCGAGAGUUCUGGUGCCGAGAGCGUCAACGCCCAGGUUCUUGCCUAUAAUGGCCGUGAUGAUGGCCUCUUCCGCGCUGCCAUCGCCGAGUCGGGCUUCGGAGGUACGCUCCCUCGCUACGCAGGCGGCUUCAACGCCACCGAUGCCAUGCAGGCCGUCUACAACACCCUCGUGGCCAAUACGUCGUGUGCUGCCACGGUCAACACCACGGCCUCCCUCGACUGCCUCAAGGCCCUCCCCUUUGACGAGCUCGACGCCGCUCUCAAUGGCACCGCCGCCUCGCCCUGGCCUCCCAUGCUCGACCAUGACUUCAUCGCCGACUAUCCCAUCCACCAGCUCGCCGCUGGCCGGUUCCCCCAGAUCCCCAUCAUGAUCGGCUGCAACACUGAUGAGGGCACCGCCUUUGGUGAUGCGAGGGGCCCCAACGGCUCGGCCGUCAACACGGACGAAGAGAUGCGGUAUGCUGUGGAGAGCAUCAUCGGCGCCCAGGCCCCCGAGCUGCUGGGUCGUACCAUGGACAGCAUCAUCGACGAGGCCCUUACCCUGUAUCCUGACAUUCAGGCCGUGGGCAUCCCUUCUCUCGAGAAGUUCCCGGUCAUCUUGCCAGGUGAUGAGGUGGCUACUACACUGGGACUGCAGUACCGCCGGACGGGAGCCUUCUUUGGCGACUUAUACCUUCGGCGCAGGGCAUCCAUCGCAUGGUUCAACGCAGGCCUCCCCUCGUGGGCCUACCGCUUCGAUGUGACGGUCAACGGCGUCCCUGACUACGUGGCCGCCACUCACUUCCAGGAGGUUGCCUUUGUCUUCGACAACACCCUGGGCGUCGGCUAUGACGCAGCGCCCGACCCAUUCGCCAACACCACUGCCGCUUUCCCUGCCCUCGCCAAGGCCAUGUCCAAUGCCUGGGUCAACUUCAUCACGGGGCUCGACCCGAAUGGUGCUGCAGCAACAGCAGCAGCAACAGAUGACACCUGGCCUCAGUAUAAUGCGACGUCUGGCGGCGGUGUGGGACAGAGCAUUGUGUUCAGCGUCAAUGGAAGCUAUAUUGAGUGGGAUGACUACCGGGCUGAGGGGAUCAACUGGAUGAUCCAGAACUCGCUGCCCCUGUUUGGUAACUAA